AUGCGGAAGUGGAGUUGGGCGGCGCUUCCCUUGCUGAGGAAAGUUGGGCUGCCAGAUCAGGGCGGAUUCUCGGGUUUGGAUCUGAAGAUGGACAGUCAGGGCCGGAAAGUGGUGGUGUGUGAUAACGGCACUGGGUUUGUGAAGUGUGGAUAUGCCGGCUCUAAUUUCCCUGAGCACAUCUUCCCUGCGCUGGUGGGGCGACCCAUCAUCCGCUCCACAGCCAAAGUGGGCAACAUAGAAAUCAAGGACCUGAUGGUAGGGGACGAAGCGAGUGAGCUGCGCUCCAUGCUGGAGGUCAACUACCCGAUGGAGAACGGCAUCGUGCGCAACUGGGACGACAUGAAGCACCUGUGGGACUACACCUUCGGCCCCGAGAAGCUCAACAUCGACUCGCGCAACUGCAAGAUUCUCCUGACCGAGCCGCCGAUGAACCCUACCAAGAACCGAGAGAAAAUCAUCGAGGUGAUGUUCGAGACGUACCAGUUUGCCGGAGUUUAUAUCGCCAUCCAGGCCGUGCUCACGCUCUAUGCUCAAGGCCUGCUGACUGGUGUGGUUGUAGACUCUGGUGAUGGUGUGACUCACAUCUGUCCUGUGUAUGAGGGCUUCUCUCUCCCUCACCUGACACGACGACUGGACAUCGCUGGCCGAGACAUCACACGCUACCUCAUCAAGCUGCUGUUGCUAAGAGGUUACGCCUUCAACCACUCGGCCGACUUUGAGACAGUGAGGAUGAUGAAGGAGAAGCUGUGCUACGUCGGAUACAACAUUGAACAGGAGCAGAAACUCGCGCUGGAGACCACCGUGCUGGUCGAGUCCUACACUCUGCCGGAUGGCAGGGUGAUAAAGGUUGGGGGUGAGCGUUUCGAGGCUCCCGAGGCACUCUUCCAACCACACCUGAUUAACGUGGAGGGGGUAGGCGUGGCCGAGCUGCUCUUUAACACCAUCCAAGCAGCUGAUAUUGACACCAGAGCCGAGUUCUACAAGCACAUCGUGUUGUCUGGCGGUUCGACGAUGUAUCCCGGCCUCCCGUCCCGUCUGGAGCGUGAGCUCAAGCAGCUUUAUUUGGAGAGAGUGCUCAAAGGAGAUGUGGACAAGCUCUCUAAGUUUAAGAUCCGUAUCGAGGACCCCCCUCGCCGUAAGCACAUGGUGUUUCUGGGCGGAGCCGUGCUCGCCGACAUCAUGAAAGAUAAAGAUAAUUUCUGGCUCACCAGAGAGGAGUAUCAGGAGAAGGGCAUGCGCGUUCUGGAGAAACUCGGCGUGACCGUUAGAUAAACCACACACAUACACACACACACACACACACGCUUGAAUCAGUUCACACACAUUCAUACAGGGUGGCAUUUUGGCAGUGUAUAAAUGGGGAAAAUAAACAGUUCUACCUGAUUGUAAUAAUAAUAAUAGUAAUAAUAAUAAUAAAUAUAAUGAUACUUGAAUUUUACAGUUGCAGCGUUACAAUAUCAUCGCCUUAUUGGUGCAACUUUCUGACCACGAUGUGGACUUUUAAAGCUCUGAUAACGGGGAGGGGAAGGAAAAACGGUUAAGUCGAAUCCUCAGACGUUUUAAGUACUUGUUUAUGCUGCCAAAAUUAAUCCUAGGAUGGAACUUCUAUAUAUCGUUUCUCUGUCUCGCUCUAUCUUUCUUCCUAUGUUUCGUUGCCACGUGUCAAUUUUUUAUUUUAUUUAAAUCUUUUUGAAGGAUGUACAUCUCUCACGAACGACAGAAUGAAAGAAAGUUAAAAAUGUGUAAACUAAACUUGAAAAUGAAAUAAACUGCCAGGAGAUCAAAACAAGAACAUUGAACUGUGUGAGCUGUAAGAUGUUUAAAGGGGCAGUCUGUAACUUUGUUCCCUGACCCAGCGAUAAUCAUGACAUUUUAAUGAGAGUAAAAAAAAAAAAAUACAGUAUUGCUAUACCAUAGUUUUGGGGUGUUUUCUUUAUAUCCCUUUAUUAAUUUCAUGAUUCUGUUUACAUUUUUUAUUUUUUUUUGGCCCUGAGAUAAUCCCCAUAAAAGGCAACUUUAUUUUAAGAAUUGGGGUGGGGUUCCCCCCAAAAAAAAACAACAAACUGCCCCUUUAAAGUCAUAAUGAGAUGGGUGGCCCCAUUUUUUUUUUUUUCAAUGCACCGUGUUACUAUUUUGUCGAUUUUUCCUUUUUUGUUUUUUUCCUUUGUUUUCUUUGCUUGCCGAAUGUGCACAUACUCUUCUAGUCCACUAGAGGGUGCUAAAGUGAACAAAUUCAUUUAUGUUUAUCACCAGUUUAGUUUAGAUUAUAGUAUAGUGUAGGGAAAAAAACGAAAUUAGGAUCAGGACCAAAUUAUCAUCAUUCCCAUUUAGUGUUAGAACUGGUACAGGACCUUUCAGGAGCUAGUUUGGGGGGAAAAGAAGAAAAAAAAAAUCUGAUCCUGAAACGGUGUGAUAGUCACGACAUAGUCAUUAACAGGAAGCGUCUUUAACGUUUUCGUAUGGUGAAUAAAACUUGUUUCCAUAUUAAAAAAGUGUUUUUGAAAGAAACAUUAGCAGAAGCAGCACCGCCCUUACGACAUUCCCUCGUGCUAGCGGGGCGUAAAUGCGAGCGUUACUGAAGGAGCUGAACUUCGUUAAUCGCCUAUAGAGUUAGCAUCGCUGAACUAAUUAGCAUCACACUCGUUAUGUAAGAAUGUUUCAAAUGUUUUUCCACUUGCUUUUGAGCUUUUAUUUUGAUACGGUUCAUUUCCUUAGCUCAGCUCGCGUAAUACACGAGCAGGUUUUGUAGGUUUGCAAACAUAAGGAAAAUAGCUUACAGGGCUAAUUUAACAACACAGUGCUAAUAAGCCUAGCUAACAUUGGUGAAUAGUAUUCUUCGGUUAUAUUAGCAACAGCCAUACUUGGGUUUCAAAGGUCAACAGGUGGCUAACGUUAUCCAUCGGCUAGCUAGCGUAGAAUGAUAUCAAGGAAGCUGUCGAGGAACUAAAAGUCUGAAAUAAAAAAACGCUGGUUUAUUUAAUUCUCAUAUAAUGUUUUUAAAAUCAUGAAGGAUUUUUUUCCGUAUUAUUUUAGAUUAGCGUCAGCUUUUUAUCUCAGGAUUUCCGCCAUUUUGACCAGUACAUGUUGCUAUGGUGACAGGGUUACAUAGUAAAUCUACGGAACACACAUUUUGUUGAGUGAAAACCAGUCAAUCAUGGAUUGUUCACAGAGGUGAUAAUCACAAGCUAACCAACAUUAGCAUAGCGCAUAAUUGUAAGAAAAAAAAAAAAAAGACCUCCGUCUGCGUUUGCUGACUAGCGAUCCUCGUUAGCAUUGUUAUUGUACAUACCAGACCUUUAAACGUGAGGGCGGCCGUUGCUAAUAUGACCGGCGCUGUAAUUUUGUUUAGCGCUCAUGCUAAUAUUACUUAAGUAAUAAACUGUAUUGAUGAUGAGUAACAACAGCAUGAGCGCUUAUGAAAUACGCUAAUGGCGUAAAUAAACACGCGACGGGACGAUGAUAACGCAAUGCCAAGUGUGGCAACCUUUCUUUUCCUGUUUUUUUUUUUUUUGUUUUUGGUAUUUUGUUUGUUUUCUGUGUUUUUGUUUUGAUUUGUUUGUAGCAUUCUGCCAAACAGCUGGUUUAAAUAAAGUAAAUUCAUUUAUAAAUACA